ACUAUAUAUAAUAAUAUAUAUAUAUCAUCAAAAUAUAUAUUUAUAUAUGGAUAUCUUUAAAAAUCAAAAUAGCCAUCAACCUAUUCUGACAGAAAGAAUACUAUUAAUUUCAAUCAGCCCGUAUUCAAUGAGUCUCCAUUCAAUGCUUGUUACUGGAGUAAACUGCUGGCUUAACAACUGUGAGUACUUAAAUAGUGGGUUUUUUUUAAGUUACCUUCAUGGUGGUAGUUUGGGGGGAAAGUGGCUUUGGGGGGAACCAACUACAGCUCCGGCGGCCUUGAGCUUCAUAUAAGAGAUGGCAACACUGGGCUUGGACUUUUCGAAGUCUCGAGGUCUCGUUCACGCGUGAGGGAUCUACUCGUCCAUUCACGUUUGGAACCUCACCAAAGACAAGAGGAUAAGAUCGCAGAUGCAGGCGGCCGUGAUGCGCUCCCUUCAUAAUGGCGCUGGGCUCAGCACCACAAAGAGUCCGUCUACAAAUUGGCGCCCUUCGCACGUGGCAUUGCAAUAUCAGCACUUCAAGUCCCUUUGGAUAAAUACAGUUUAAUUCAAUCUUGUCAGCAGUGACGAACAAAGGUCACCUGAGCUACACCUGCCUCAAUCUUUAUUCUCUUUUAACAGCUUUAAUCUUCAGGCAGCAGGAUGAUGAGGCAGCAUUAUUUAUACAACCCUGUUAUUCAGUUGAUGAAUAACUUAAUCUAAAGAUCACCCUAAGGUAAAACCACAUGUAGGUGUUUCUUUAUCUCCACUUUGUUUUAUUUGCUCGUGAUGCUUUCUCCUAAAUAAUAAUGCUUCGUUUAAAUAUUCAAAGGCACAAUAUCAGAGAGCUAAAUAGUCACAAACUCUAUUUUAAACUCUAUUCACCUGUGAAUUGUUUUUUUUCUCACUCUGAGACUCUACUAAAAUCAACUCCCUCCUGAUUCAUACGCAAUUGUUUUCUAUUCCUAAAAACUGACAAAACUGAAAGGAAAAACUUUCCACUGUUGAAAAGCAGUGUGGUUUUUGGCGACGCGAUGAUCGAGACUUUAAGGAAGGUCUGGCUGGUUGCACUUCCUCCUCUGUAACGUCUCUGGUGGAUGAAAGUAAGACCGAGGACAAAAGUAGAGCACAGGGCAGCAGAAUCGGUCAUUCGGUCAUUUCCCGCGUACGUCGUCUACUCCUUAGUUGGUAAACGCAUUCCUCCGAAUAAGAGCAUAGUAUUUAAUUUAUAACCCAGGGUUCAUUUGUGUUGUGCAGAAUAUAAACAUUUUUUACUCCAAAUUAAACAAUAUUAAACCAGUAUUUAAAUCCAAACCACCUGCUGCUCUGGUAUUCCUCUGAUAAUAGGUCAUUAGAACAUGGAGCCACACUCAUAGUAACACUCAUAGUGACUCCAAGUGGACAUGUUGGAUCAGUGCAACUUGUGACAACUGCCCACUCAACGUAGAAUAAAGGCGGCAAUGCUGAAUUAAAUUAAUUAAAAACUCGACAACAUAUACAGAAGAUGUGCAUGUUGACAUAUUCAUAUAUACGGUAUAUGCACAUAUUUUUCUUUUUAAUUCUGUCCCAAUAUCAAUACGUUACCUGGGCUCUGUGUAUCGCCCGACACCUUCAACAUUGUUAAACACUAUAAACAAAUAUAACUAGAAAUAUAGAUAUAAAUCCACUGGGUUGUUAUUCACCUUUGAAAUAGUACAUUGUACAACAUCAGACAUCCUCAAAGUUAACAAAAAUUAUACAGCUCAAUAAAAAGUUGGAGAUGGUUUAAAAUUCCAGUAUAUAAUAAAAAUGUGGUUCUUUCACUCCCAUCACAACGAGUGGACCGCUUCUCCUUCUUUGCAGGUGGGAUGACAUUACCCAGUAGACAAACAAACACUGUCUUCAUUGUAGGUUACCACACAUUCACCUUUAGAGACAAAGCGAACAGUCAGGACCGCUGCAAGGAACGCUCAACGCACCCCGAGGGCACUGGGAAUUAGUCGGUCUCAGUCAAACAUGCCUUGUUUGCUCAUGAUUUAAAGGCAGUGUCGUUUUUUGAACACUAACUCUUGAUCUAUUUCAAGUUGGACUUUGAAUUCAACGACAAUAUCUUAAAAAAGGCCAAGAAUUUAAAUGACAUGUUAUUGAGAGUUCACAAAAAGAGAAAAGAUAAAAGAGCAGCAUUGACUGCCAGACAUCCAGAAAUUUUUGUGGCCUCGUUCGGCUGCGUCCGUCCUAUAUGUGGCUUGAGAAGAGGGGUUGCUUUCUCAGGACCUUUACCAGAGGGCUGGACUUAGGUGGGACGAGAGGGCCGGCUGCUCUGCCUACAGGAUGAGAAGAAAGGAAAGCAAUGGAAAACAGGGAGGGCUGAGUGGGGGGUUCAGAAAGCCCUUUUCCAGCCUUUCUACUCUUUCAUUUUAUAGGUCUUCCACACACACACGCACGCGUGUAUCGUCAGCAGAGGACAGAAGGCAAAGUCAGGAUGUGACAUCAUCCACAGGAAGAGAAGCCAAACAACUUUUUUUUUUCUCUCUCUUUAACUGUGUUGACUGUGCUGCUGAGUGAAGUUGGAGCCUCUCGGUCUGUUGGUCGGCCGGCGGAGAGGCAGCGGAUCCAGAGGAGCCAGAGGGGGGAGAGAGCGGCUGGAUCUGUCCUCCACGGGGGGAGUUUAAAGCCUGAAUCCUCCCUGAGCUUCUCACGACUCCCCACCACAUUCCUCCGCCACAGAGGACCCAGAAAAAUCCCACCAUUCGAAAUCAAGACGACCUGAAAUCUUCAGCGCACAGACGCUGACCCCCUCUGACCUGAUUUCCUUGCUGAAACCCGCCUGGUGCCAUCUCUCAGGAAAGGUCCCGCUUAUUAUUCUGGAGAGCUUUUUCCUCCCCUUCUCACGGGGGGAAUCGCCUGAGUCGAUGGCGUUGUGUCUCGGACAAGUCUUCAGCAAAGACAAAACAUUCAGGCCCAGGAAGCGCUUCGAACCGGGCACCCAGCGCUUUGAGCUCUACAAGAAGGCCCAGGCCUCGCUCAAGUCCGGCUUGGACCUGAGGAAAGUGGUCCAGCUGCCCGAGGGGGAGAACAUCAACGACUGGAUCGCCGUCCACGUCGUGGACUUUUUCAACAGGAUCAACCUGAUCUACGGCACGGUGAGCGAGUACUGCUCCGAGCGCACUUGCCCCAUCAUGUCCGGGGGCCUGAGGUACGAGUACAGGUGGCGGGACGGCGACGACUACAAGAGGCCCACCAAGCUGCCCGCUCUCAAGUACAUGAACCUGCUGAUGGACUGGAUUGAGUCGCUCAUCAACAAUGAGGACAUCUUCCCCACCAGAGUAGGUGUACCGUUCCCCAAGAACUUCCAGCAGGUGUGCAAGAAGAUCCUGAGCCGCCUCUUCAGGGUGUUUGUGCACGUUUACAUCCAUCACUUUGACAGCAUCUGCAGCAUGGGCGCGGAGGCUCACAUCAAUACCUGCUACAAGCACUACUACUACUUCAUCUCUGAGUUCCACCUCAUUGACCACUCGGAACUGGAGCCCCUGAAAGAGAUGACAGAGAAGAUAUGCAAUUAAAGUACACCACAAGGACUAAAGGAGUUUACACUUUGACGUGAUCUGAGCCCCGUGAGAAGUCAUCACCUCCGAAACACUAAACAAGGAACAAUUUUGAAUCAAGUUGUACGUGCGGUUUUCUAAGCAUAACUGAGAAGGUCCACUAGCCAACCACUUUUCUCCCGAUUGUGGAAGUGCCUUCACAGAAGUAUUGUCUCAUAGUGAGGUGGUGCAUAGCUCCAUCAUUAUAGGACUUUGUGUUGAUUAUAAUACAUCCUCCUGAAGCUGUUUCUUUCCUCCUGGUCAUGCAUGUUACAUCUUUUUAUAUACAGUGUUAAGUCGUUGCCGUAUGUUUGUAUUGCUGUUGAUUUGUUGUUGUUUUUUGUUUUUUUUACAUUUUGGACAUAAAUAUGCAGUUUAAAAAUGCUGUUGAAAAUGUGUUUUCUUACCCUGUCAAACCAAAACAUUAGUAAAAAAUUAGUAAUGUUUACAUUAUUAAAGUCAAAACGUGAAAAGACAACAA